AUGAAUGAUACAAACAUAGAGGGAGAGAAGAGGGCCGCGGUGGAGGACACUUUGAGACGGCUAUAUGGUUUUUGGGCCGAAAGAGCGGCUGAGCAUGGGUCCACCGCCAAUUUGGUGGAAUUUCUUCAUGAAGGCCCGGAGGAUGAUGCACUUGAGCUCGAAGAGGUAGAGUUGGCACCAAGCGAGAUGGAUGAUUCGAAGGCGGAAGUCCAAGACCCUUUGUUAGAAAUCAACUUGGGGACGAAAGACAACCAUCGACCAAUCUACAUCAGUGGUCUAAUGGAGCCAGAACUUCGGGCCAAGAUGGAAGAGCUUUUGAGAGAAUUCAAGGAUUGCUUCGCUUGGGAUUACACCGAGAUGCCCGGAUUGAGUCGUGACUUGGUCGAGCACCGCCUACCAACGGUGGAAGAUUUCAAGCCCUUCAAGCAGCCGCCCCGCCGGAUGUCGGCGGAAGUAGAAUUACAGGUUAAGGAGGAAAUUGUAAGGCUUGUAAAAGCCAAAUUUAUUAGGCCAGCUAGAUAUGUAGAAUGGCUUUCAAAUAUUGUACCUGUAAAGAAAAAAACGGGAGCAAUAAGAAUAUGUGUUGAUUUCCGCAAUCUUAAUCUUGCAACUCCCAAAGAUGAAUAUCCCAUGCCCAUGGCCGACCUCUUAGUCGAUGGGGCGGCCAAGCAUGAAAUUUUAUCAUUUAUGGAUGGGCACUCUGGCUAUAACCAAAUUUUUAUAGCCGAGGAGGAUGUCCACAAGACAGCCUUCAGGUGCCCCGGAUCCAUUGGAACUUUUGAGUAUGUGGUGAUGCCUUUCGGCCUAAAAAAUGCCGGGGCCACAUAUCAGCGGGCAAUGAACUCUAUUUUCCAUGACAUGAUCGGUCGAAAUUUAGAAGUUUACAUCGAUGAUGUUGUUAUAAAAUCGGAGUCUAGACCAGGCCACUUGGAUGACCUCCGGUCGGCUUUUGAAAGAAUGCGGCGGCAUCAAUUGAAAAUGAACCCAAAAAAGUGUGCUUUUGGAGUAUCCGCCGGGAAUUUCUUAGGAUUCUUGGUGCACCAAAGGGGGAUUGAGAUUGAUAAAAAUAAGGCGAAGGCCAUCAUUAACGCACCCCCUCCAAAAAACAAGAAAGGUGUGCAAAGUUUAUUAGGCCAAAUUAACUUCCUUCGAAGGUUUAUAGCCAACUCCGCGGGGAAAGUUGAGCCUUUCUCAUCUUUGCUAAAGCUCAAAGAUGAAGAGAAAUUUCGGUGGGAAGAGACUCACCAAAGGGCAUUUGACGCCAUUAAAGAAUAUUUGGCCAAGCCUCCGGUGCUCAUUCCACCAAAGCGGGGCCGACCUUUGAAACUAUAUAUAUCGGCCGCGGAAAACUCAAUCGGAAGUCUACUAGCCCAAGACAAUGAUGAGAAGAAAGAACAAGCGGUAUACUACCUCAGCCGAAUUCUAACGGCCACCGAGAGGAAAUAUUCUCCGGUGGAGAAACUUUGCUUGGCCUUGUAUUUUACUGCGACCAAGUUAAGGCAUUACAUGUUGCCCUCCGUGGUGCAUAUAAUCGCCAAGACUGAUUUGAUAAAAUAUAUGCUCACCCGCCCAAUCAUUAGAGGGCGAAUAGGAAAAUGGACAAUGGCAUUGGCGGAAUUCACUUUCCGAUAUGUACCCCAGCAGGCCGUUAAGGGGCAAGCUUUGGCCGAUUUCUUGGCGGCCCACCCUUGUGUUGAAAUAGAGGAGAUGGAUUUCCUCGAGGUGGGCACAUUGAGUUUAUUUCCAUGGCGCCUUUAUUUUGACGGGUCUCGAACAUUUAACAUGGGCGGGGCAGGUGUCAUCAUUGAAACGCCCAAAGGAUUCCGAACUCGUUACUCUUUUCAAUUGGACUUUGAUUGUACCAACAAUCAGGCCGAAUAUGAGGCCCUAAUCAUAGGGUUGGAAAUUUUGAAAGAGCUUGGGGUAAAAAGUGUGGCGGUCAUGGGAGACUCAAUGCUAGUCUUAAAACAAUUGUCUGGCGAGUACAAGGUGACUAGCCAAGCUUUGCUUGGAUAUCAUGCGUUGGCCAGCCAAUUAAUGGAAGAUUUCGAUGAUGUGAGACUCGCCCACUUACCGAGAGAACAUAACACUCAGGCCAACGCCAUGGCCCAAUUAGCAUCCGGUGUGGAGAUCUCCGAAGGGCUCUCUGAGGAGCUUUUUAAAGUUGAGAAGAGGUCUCUCUCCUCCGUCUUUGAAAGAGGGGUUCCAGCAGAAGUUAUGGUGUUAACCAUAGCACCGGAGGAUUGGAGGCACGACAUUGUGCAAUAUUUGAAAAAUCCAAAUGGGUCAUAUAGCCAACAAAUUCGGCGGAGGGCCCAAUAUUAUGUGGUAAGGGAUGAAGUAUUGUUCCGCAUAGGUUCCGAUGACUUGCUCAUGAAAUGUUUGGGCAAAAAAGAACAACUCGUAGCAAUGACCGAGGUCCACGAGGGGAUAUGCGGUGCUCAUCAAGCUGGCAUCAAGAUGAGGUGGCUUUUAAGAAGGCACGGUUAUUAUUGGCCGACUAUCCUCAAAGAUUGCAUUGAGUAUGCCAAGGGUUGCAAAGAUUGUCAAAGGCAUGGGCCGAUCCAACAUGUCCCGGCCGGACCAAUGAAUCCCAUUGUCAAGGCUUGGCCUUUCAAAGGUUGGGCAAUGGAUGUGAUUGGCCAAAUAUACCCAAAGUCAUCUAAAGGCCAUAAGUAUAUAUUAGUGGCCACCGAUUUUUUCACAAAGUGGGUGGAGGCCGUCCCACUCAAACAAGUUACUCAAGUCGAGGUGAUAGAAUUCAUUGAGAAGAAUAUCAUCCAUCGAUUUGGCUUGCCCGAGUCCAUCAUGACUGACCGAGGAACGGCGUUCAUGGGCGAGGCUGUUCAAGCCGCCGCAAGAAAUUGGGGAAUUAGGAUGGUUCAAUCCACCCCAUACAAUCCCCAAUCAAAUGGCCAAGCGGAGGCUAGUAAUAAGGUGAUAAAAGGGAUUUUGGAAAAAAUGAUUGAUAAAAAUCCCAAGGAAUGGCACUCUCUUCUUUCCAACUCUCUAUGGGCGUAUAGAACCUCGAAAAGGUCUGCCACGCAAACAACGCCAUUCGCCCUCACCUAUGGCCAUGACGCCGUCUUGCCACUUGAGAUUUCGGUUAAGUCCUUAAGGGUGGUUCGCCAUGCCGAAUGGAGUGAGGACGAAUACGGGCAAGCCAUGGCACAAGAGUUAGAUGACCUUGACGAGGUCAGAUUGGGUGCUUUAGAUAGAUUGAAGGCCCAAAAAGAGGCCGUGGCUCGAGCAUACGAUAAGAAGACUAAGGCCAAGAGUUUUGGGGUUGGAGAUUUAGUAUGGAAGACCAUUCUUCCGGUGGGAUCAAAGGAUCCAAAAUUUGGCAAGUGGUCUCCAACUUGGGAAGGCCCAUUUCUCGUCCACCAAGUGUUAGGAAAGGGGGCGUACAAGUUAAGUGACCAAAAUGGUCGGGUCCAUGAUGCGCCGAUCAAUGGUCGAUUUUUGAAAAAAUAUUACCCAACGGUUUGGGAAAUGGCGGAGAGAUAA